AAGAGUUCCAGCCGCGGGUCAAACCACGAAUGGAGCAGGUGGCGAAAGAGCCUACUGUCAUGAAGAAGAGGGUUUUCAAAAAAGUCAUAACCCCUAACGGUGAAGAGAUACUUUUAACCCCUUCUCCGACGCUCAGCAGGCAGAGCAGCACGGAUAUAUCCGACUUGUCGGAAGAAGACAAGAAAGGAAAAAAAGUGAAGUACAACAGCAAGAAGAAGUCGGAAAGAGUUUACGUGCGACAGAAGUCUCAAACGCCGACGGAAGGCCGGACAGACUUUAUCAAGAGGGCUACCCUCGAGGAAGAUAUGCGCCCGGAACCCUCUGGAACAGGUGGGUGCAGCAUCAAGCUGAGCAUCACCAGUUUCGAGGACGACGAGGAUGGAACGAAGGUGUCCAGAGCUGCAUCAGUACAGGAACUACACCGAGCGUUGUCGAGAGAAAAGUCCCGUUCUUCCAAAGAGUUGUUGGUGGAGGAAGAAGGAGAAGAGGAAGAAGAGGAAGAAGAAGACACUCAUUACAGAGAAGAGGAACAAACCAAACCUGAACCUGCGGUGGCGACUGGUGCAAAAAUAGCUUCCGACAACAAACAAGUUGUGGAAAGGGAAGCGAGCAGUAAGAAAGAGUCGACAGUCUUCCUGCAAGGCCCCGCAAGAUUCCCGCACCUGUCUUCGACCAGUCCGCACCGGCCACACCGGCCGCACCACAGCACGUCACCCAGCAGCAGUGACGAAGCCUCGGCUGCCAACCAAUCAGAGACCAUCGACCAGGAGUCGUCGCCGCGCCUGCGCGACCUCUCUCCCGACCUUCACGACUCCUCGCCGCAGUUCUUCGGCCGCGCGCACGACCACGCGCAGGCGCGCGCCAACGAGAACCGGCGCAGGUUCGAGAAAUCGCUGGCGCUGCGGGACCAGGAUGCUGACGACAGCGUAGAGACCUACAGCCAGCUGGUGUCGGCCUUGACCGAGCUGCGCCCGCCCUCGGUCACGCCCAGGAAGCUGGUGGGGCGGAGCUACUCCGACGGAGAGACGUUCGGCAGCGUCAGAGAACGUCACUUCAUCCGUCUGAGGCGACUAGACGGCCAGGGAGGCGACUGCUUCUGGACCAGCCCCUCCACCGAACGAGACACCAGUGGUCUUCAGAGCUCCAGCACUUCCAGGAACGGGGUGAAGACCAAAGUCAUCCAGUCGGACAGCCUGCGCAAAGCGUGCAUGUACAUCCAGGACCGCACCCUGACACACAGCCUCUCACUCAGUUCUACCUCCCCGGACCACGUGCCUCUCGAGGACACACCGGAACAGGCUCUCGACACGACGACAUCUGGCGGCACCGAUCCUGCCGAGGCUGCUGACGCUGAUGCUGCGAGUGUCAGUCAGAGACGUCAGAAGAUGUCGUCGCUGAAGCAGCAAUGGAAGACCUUCGACCCUGACGUGUCGAGGACAUCUGAACAGGAAAUCACGAGGGACGGGGGUCAGGGACAGGCGAAGAAACUAAAAAAGAGCCUUUCUUACUCUGAUUCGGGUAGUGGUGCGCACGGCUUCGACACUAUCCAGUAUAACCUUGCAGAGAGCUUGAGGUUGGAGACGAUGUCAAUCAUGGACAAACUCAGCGAGGACGACGAAAUUCUAGAGGUUGUCAUCGAGUCGCCAGGACAGCCAGAAGUUGAGCGUGACAUUCAAGAAGAGUUAUCUCCAAGGAAAUGCAAGGACUGGGACAUGGGGUCCGAUGGUUCCUCUUCCUCUACCUCGGUUAAAAAUUCUUUCCUCGGCAGCACGGAAAUGUACAACAGCAACGUCAAACUGCCUUCAAAAUCGGGAAGAAAAGACAUUCGAAGGAGGAUAACAGAAAAAAAUACGAUAAGCCCCGAGAACGAGCCCGACAGCAAGGUCUUUAGAACGAUCGACAAGCUCAAGCACAAGUCCAGAGAGUUUCUACCUACCCCUGUGUCCAUCAUCAUUCCCAAAGCAAAAGCUAGCAAGUCCACGCAGGCCUCAUAUGAAGAAAUUAAAGCAGAGACCGGGUGGGUGCGGCCAGCUGUGAGGGUCCACAAACGGAAGAAGUACAUUAGCGUCACGGACAGUCAUGGGAAACAGUCUUCUUUUGAUGAUGCGUUCCACAACGGGUCCAAUCUCCCGAAGGAACCUUCUAGCACCGACAGCGCGGAGGAGACAGGACGCAGAUGCACGGAUAGGAGCUCUAGGAUGCCUCCCCGUAGCGACCCACCUGCAAGCGAUCAAGACUUCAGGACGUGGAGAGACGAAAACCAGGGCCAAAGCAUCUCGCGGUGGAUACAGCAAAAUGAACGAGCCGAACAAAUGAGUGUCGACGAAGAGCAUGUAAAAGGUCACUUCGAUGUCGGUACCUCACCGUGGUGGGGGCAGCAACUGCAGAGAGAUCGCUCUGGCGGCGCUGUCAUCACGCUAGGUCAGGGCUACGGUUACAUUCAGGGCAGAAAACGCAGAGAACAGUAUCCUUGGACUCGGUUCUACAGAGGGGGUAGUGUCCAACUCUGAAAGACAAAAGACUUCCGCAGUGGAGGGAAAAUGCAGCACGAUGGUUCGGGCUGUCACAGAGGGGCAGAGUUCAGCAGUCGAAAUCUUGGGACUUGCAACAACAGCGAAAACAGCACAACCGGUAACAAUACAGGAGGGUUGGGGAAGAUUAAACCCACGUCGCCCCGAACUCAUUCCUCUUUCAGUAGGUCACGGUCUGAGCCGUUCCCGCUGGCGAUGGGUGGUUUCUCGCUGAACGAGGACUGCGAGGCAGCUUGGGAGCUGCGUGAUGACCUGAGCUACGCCGCCGCUGCGCAUGUCCUGGAUUGGAUGCAGCGCGCGGCGCUGGUGGACCACAUGCGGCCCGAGCGACAGUCAACGGUAGACACGUUGGACAGUGGCAUCGAGAACGACCGACACUAUGCGCCCCGCUAUGGCUCGCCGCAGUUCGGGGCCCACAACGGCCACCGGCGCUUGCAACGGCGCCCUUAUCCGUGGGCCAUGGAGCUGGAUGCCAGCCUAGUUAGGGGCAGUAGUCCUUCGCUAGCGCAGGAGGACUUGGGUGGACACCGGCGUUUAGCCAGAAUGCCCUACCCUUGGGAGAUAGAACUGGAUCCGCGGCUUAUCCGCGGUAGCAACAGUUCGCUGUCGACAGAAGGCAAUCAGGAAGAUGCCCGCGUCCACUUGACGCUCGACGUUAUCGAGGCGGCAGUCCAUCGCACCGUGUGUCGGAUACUGUCUGGGAGCUCUGUAGCCAGCUCUUCUCCUCGCAGACGAGCGCCUCCUAUCGUCUCAUAUAGCGGCGCAAGCUUUUCGGAUUCGGAGCUGAGCUACAGCGACUCUAUGUUUUACCAAAGAAGGCGAAUGUUUCGCAAGACGCGCCCACAAGCAGUUGCCUCCCGCCAGGAGUGAGAUCCCACCGCAAUUUACUCCCACCCUUGGCAGAGCGCCAGGAAUGUUCGAGACUCACCGUCAUCGUCGUCAUGGCAACAAUCCCGACCUGACGGAGACUAAGUCAGACGGCAGGUACUCGCCGUAUAGCGUCACCGACAUCCCGUGUUUCGAGCUGCCGAGCAGCACGAACGUUUACAACCUGGACGGGCAGGAGAUUUUUGCUGCCAACGAUCCCAAGUUUCCUCUUUGCAACUCAAUGGAGGCGAAGGACCUCGUUUUGAAGUUCCCAGAUCACCAGUAUCUAGCGUUCAUGCACCACCAGCAGCAACGAAAGCGAUCGCUGCAGCAGAUAUUCCGCGAUGACGGCCAGAGUAUCGCUGGCUGUGUUACAGAAAGCAACCUGGACGAGAACCGGAUGUUUUACGUGCAACAACCUGGACUCAAAGAUAACGGAAACGGACGCUUGAGUUCUUCCAUUUGCUUGUUGGGAGACGGUCGACGAAUUGAAGAAAGCAAAUCGACAAAGACAGAGCUGCAGAGAGAAUAGAGGGCAAGGAGAACAAGUUGUCGGUUACACGCACAUCCUCCUCGCACUCUGAGGCAGCUUUGGCAAAGCAGGAGACGGUUUGAGGCCGACAAUCGUGAUUCACAAGUCGCCAGGUAGAGGCGCGGAGCGUGCCACCUCCAGCACCAGCACGGACGACAGUUACUGCGGCUUCGGCAUCACCCGCGUCCAGCGGAAAGACCUGAUGGGGCAAUUAAAGUGCUUCCAGAACUUGGCUCUGUCGAAGAAAGCCAGCUGUUCCCCUGACAGUUCUUUCGAUGGUAGGUCCCCUAGCUCCGUGGACGACCUCCCGGGGAAAGUUUCCCCUGACUUUCUUACCCAGUGCAGCGACCCGUUUGAUGAGAACUCUUUGAUAUCGCCAGCUUCUAGUUUCGUCCUAGGGUUUUUCAACGAGAAGGACAUGUCUUUCUUCGAAGGUGGUGAUUUAAAGCGAAGAGUUUGUUUCUGAUGUCGGGGUCGCCGUUUCGGAAAAAAAUCAGAGGUUGGGUUUGCGGCGUCAUCGUGGCAAUGACAUCCUCUCCAGUCCCGUGCACGCCAGCAGUGCACUCAGAGACCCUCGUGCUGUGCUGUGUGAUGGCAUCAGCAACCCAAGUAGCCCAGGUGGUCGAAGUGAUGGCGGCAGUGCAGGGGACAAGACAGGGCAGUGUGUGGCCUAUGGGCCUGGCUUAUACUACGGGCAGGUUGGCAGUAAGAAUAAUUUUCAGGUGUGGACGCAGCAGCCAGGGACUGGGUGCGUCACGGUGGCUGUCUACGGCCCGCGCUCUCACUGCGUCACGGAGACCAACGUGGCCUACAUCGGUGACAACGUGUAUGACGUCACCUACAGCGUCACGACCCCGGGCUAUUACAUCAUAGUGGUCAAGUGGGGCAACAAAAGCUUGCCGGACAGUCCCUUCAUCUGCAAAGUGACAUACUAGCAGACAGACACGCUGGUGUAAGAUACGGAGAUGAAAUAAUGAGAUCACGUGGGUCGAGACCCGACAUCUGUAAAUAAACAUGGCGUCAGCGUACGAAGACAAGGAAACAACAACAAUACAGGUGUCUCUGUUUACAAACUGUCAAGCACUAAACUGAUAAAGUGCAGUGCACGGAGAACUUUGAAAUCAGGGGAAAGGAUUCAGAACGUUCUGGAAGUUGACAAUAAGAGAAAUCAAGUGAGCGGACACACAGUCAUUCGAUGUAAAUCAUGAAAAAGUCACAAAAAUGGAAGGGAGGCGAUGAUUGGUCUGUGAAUGAUAAAGUAGAUGAGAUUUUGCAAGAUUGUUUAUAGAUAGUGAAGAGGAUGGAUGAUUAUAUCCUUGGACAGCCUCCGGAAAGACACAAAAGGAAAGAAAGAAAUAAGGCUAAAAUUGAAGUGAAAAAAAAAACCCAUUUAUUUUUCAUGUUUGUUUUACUUUUAUGAAUAAUAAUGUGAUACCAUUUUAUAAUUAAAUGUAUUUUUUUCACUCAAUUUAGCAAUAAGAUUAUAUAGGGUAAAACAAAUUCGCAGUAUCUAUAUGUACACAAUCAAAUUACAGAGAUAUUAGAUAAACUAGAAUAAUAAUUAAGUAAAAGUGAAUUUAACAUUUAUAACUGCAUAAAUAUAUAAUAAAUAUAAUUAUAAUUAUUAAUAGAAUUAUCGUAUUUAUUCGUAAAUACAGUAUCUGCACAAAAUUAAGCAAUGGAAGAGUUAUAGACAGUAGAAUACAAUUUGACGGAAAAGAUUUGUAGAGACUGCACAGUCCGAUCUCAUAAUUUCACAAAAUAUGCUUCAUCUGAUUUCGAACUUUCCUGAAUCAAUGGAAUCUUGUUUUCAACCAACAUGGACGGCAAAGAAUUUAAGGCUCAGUGAGGAAGGGGAAACAAACCAUUGCCUUGUCCUCAGACAACAUUUUGAAGACUUGCUUUCCUCGCUGGAAAAAACAAUGGGGUAGGGGUGGGGAGGUGCUGUGUCGGCAAACACUGGAUGCCGACAACAAAGCUACCUUGCCUCUAGUGCCCAUUUAUCUGGUAUAUAUUGUUCUAAACAAUGUUUUUAUGUCGAUAAUUUGUUUACCGCACGCCAUUGGCCGAUUUCAUGUCAACAGUUGUAAGACCAUCCCCUUUAUCAGCAAGCCAGUAAUAGUAAGUAGUCUGGUCGGCAGAAGGUGAGACCUAAAAGAAAUGACAACAAAAGCAUAGUUGUUUUUUUUUCCCCCAUAAACCUGAACAGACUAUCGACUUUCAACAGCCAAUCAGACCGCCGCGAAUAGGCGACAAAAUUUAGGACUAUUGUAAGAUAAUAUAUAUAUACUAUAAAAUAGUAAAUGUGAGGUAGAGCAACCUUGGUGUAAGGUAAUAAAGAUACAACUCAGGUAUGAACUUGCACAUUUCUGAGUAUCCAUGGAGAUUUAUUACCUAUCUGAAGAUGUGAUUUUUAUAUAUAUUGUCUCUUUUCGCUCUGAAAGACAGCCUUAUAUACAAAGCAAAAGAGAACUCUGUUAUCUUUGCCUAUAGACAGCAUGAUGCUUAGCAGAUUAAAACGCUUAAUAAACACUCUUACAGUUUUAUAAUCAUAUGUUUUCACAAAUAUGCAAACGCGAAAACUUGUUACUUUUCCGUCGAUACAUCAUUAUACUGAGGGCUGGUACCCACACUUUGUUUCAUAGUGCCUUUUAUCCAUUUUCACUUCUCUCUCUCUCUCUCUGUCAUGCACACGCACGGAUUCACAAUUGUGUGCGUGUAAAAUAAUACUUUUAAUGAAUGUAUAGCAUCUAAGGGCUUUCCCAGUGCGACUUCUCUUCUCGAUAUUCGUUGCUCGGGUCACAUACACGCACAUGACCUGCGUAUGCGUCCUGACAUUUUGUCGUUGCAGAAGCAUUAUUAUCAUUGAGAUUGAGUUUAGUCUUCUGUUGGUAUUCUAGUUCGUGACACUUGCUGAAAAGAAUAUAUUUUCUGACUUGAAGUCAACUGACUUUCUGUGAUUGCUUGAAGUAAUACUUGCACCAUAUGACUGUCAUCAUGCUGA